UUUUAAUUUGGCAGUUGGAGGCUUUGCUUUUCUCUCUCCUGGCUGUGAAGUAAGUUGUGUUCGGGAAGGAGCUGCUGUGCUGCCGAAGCAUCCUUGGCCUAAGCUCUCGCUUGAAAGCGUCUUUGGAGGCUCAUAGCAUAACUCACCCAGUGAACAUACCAUGGCACUUAUUGAAAAAAUUACAUCCUCUACAUCUUCAGGAUGGCCUCACAUAGAUGUUUAACAGAAGAGAUGACAGGAUUGAUCCCUGUGGGAAACCUACAGCUGAGAACCAUUGAGGACAAGCAGUCACCCAUCAACAGCGAUUGCAAGCUAUGGAGGAAGGGAGCAGAUGGAGUGGGCCAAAAUUCCAAAUGGGUCUUCUGUGGUCUUUAUCUGUGAGUGCAAAGCUUGAGCAUUUCCUCAUCAAACAACUGAUGCUAGUUGGCUUUCACAUCAGAAGGGCCAAGUAUUGAAUGGGCCUGGAGAAUGAACAACUGGCCUCAAAUAGAUCAGGUACAGCAAGAACAGUUGCAGGACAAGAUUCACCACCAGUGUGGCUCAUUCCUGGCUUGGAGAAACCCACAUGAAGGCAUAAUCAUUUUCUUCAUUCUGUUACACAUCUGAAAAAGGGCAGACAUCCAUGGAUAGAGAGAAGUUCCAGCAGAAGGCUCUGAAGCAAACUAAGCAGAAGAAAUCCAAGUCGGCUGAAUUUCUGAUGGUAAAAGAAGAGAGAGCAGCAACAGAAGGCAUUGAAAAUCCAGCUUUUAACAUCAGCAGCACAGAUCUUUCAGCAUAUCAGACUUCAGAAGAGAAAGUUAUUAGACAUGACAAGCUAGAUAGCACCCUUGCAGCUCACCAACAAAAACUCAGGCUGCAAGCCCAUGCUGAACCAAGAGGAAAUGAAUACAGCAGAAAUUACUUUGACCCAGUGAUGGAUGAGGAAAUAAACCCAAGGCAGAGUGGGAUGGAGGUCAGUGGAGAAGUGCCUAUGAAUUUAGAUGAGAAAAUUCUCUAUGGUGAACUGAUGAAACUUCUAGAUGAAGAGAAUAAAAUGGUGGAAUAUCAAGCAGCCCAUGGCAUCUGUGAAGAUUUCUCAGACUCAGUAAGGCCUGUCAGCUUCACUAAGACACUUGACCUUCGCAAGGAGGUUGAAGAUGAAGGGAUUCCUCUGUAUAUUGAACAGUUUGAGAAAGAUGUUCAGGAUGACAUAAUUCUGCUUGGCAGCUUUGCACUGGAACAGGACUUAAAAGUUAAAAAGGAAGUUCUUCAUCACAACAAACAGAUGUUGCACACCAGAUUCCAUCCCUUUCAGAGAAUAGAAAGUCAGCCAUUGCAAGUAGCACAGAAUGCCCGCAAACAUGAAAUUGUAGCCAAGUUUGGUAACCUCGCAGAAGUGAAUAAUGAAUCAAAUGGAGCAGCAGGACUUUGCUGGAAGGUUGACCAGUCCAAAACACCUCAGCCCAUUCAAAUCCAAUUAAGAUGCCUACGAGGUGCCAAAGACAAAGUGUCCAAGGGCCGCUACACCCUCAAGGUUUCUUUGCUCAGUCGUCUAGGGGGUAGUGUACUUAAGUGGUCCGAACUGAAGGAACAACAGUGGGCUGGAAUGACAUUGCCAGUUAGCCAUGAUGGAAACUUCUAUGACGUGGAAAUUUGUUUCGACCAAAGUGUCUAUACAGUUCUGCCUGCUAGAAAGGAGGUGAAACCGGGCAUGAUACUCCUCUUUGAACUCUUUCUUCUUCAUGAGACCAAUAAUUACAUCGACCGUGUUGUAGGAUGGGGAGCUUUUCCUUUAUGUGAUAAUAAUUUCAACACUUUACAGGGGAAGUUUAAAUGCCCUUUUCUCAGAGGCCAUUAUGAUUCAAAAUUUGACCGCUUCAAAAAAAUUGAAAAUUUGAUUUCAUUGGAUUUAGACCACUGGUUGUGCAACCUCUAUUUUCAGAUUAUUAAACUACCAUGGUAUUCAGAUGAGCAGAAGACAUAUGAGACAUGUCUCCAGCUCUCACCUGAAUUUCUUGCUUAUUCAAACAUUAUUGAGAAGAAUGGAGAUUCAGACAAAAUAAAAAUAUCUGGACCACAAGAUGAUGGAUUCAGAAGUUCAUGUCUACAUCCAGGCACUCACUCAAAAUGCUCCUUAGCAUCUUUUCAAGGGCAACCUUUGACCUCUUGGAGAGAUCCUGACACCCAUAAGGGAAGUAUUCCCACUGUUGUAAAGGAAGUGGGAAAGCAGUUUAAUGCUGUGAAAGGAAGGGAAGAGUGUGUGUCAAAAGAAACUGGAAGGAAAAGAGACGAGAAGAGUUUAAAAUGUUUCCAGCAGGCAGAGGAGGCAAUGGAUGAGUUUAAAUUAAAAGUGAAGGAUCAAAAGAAGCCUCAACAAAAAGGAAAUUAUCCUUGUCAAGUUAUCUCAAGUGAUUCACAUAAAUAUUAUGAUUUGGUCCCAGUGAAAGAAGAGCAAGGUAUCUCUUAUAAGAUGAAUCAAAGUGAUCCAACUGACCAACAGUGUCAAGGCAAAUCAAGUCCUGGAACCAGUGUAGCUGCAGGAGAAGGGGAAGCAUCUUCACCGAAUACUUCUUAUCUGGACGAAUUAGAGAAGUAUAGAUUCUCUGUGUGUUGCCAUUCUGCCGUUGAAGUGAGAGUGUCCAGAAGAAUCAUUGAGCAUUUCCAUUUUGGGGUGUAUGGAGUCUUUUCCGAACUGGGAUUGGCGCAAUGGCGUUCUUGGGACUUCUGGUUCAUUAUGCUGCUGGUAGUUUUACUCUGGUUUGUGCGGCUUUAUCUGCAUUAUUGUAGUCAAUGGCUCGUUCUUCAAGCCAUCUCAGUUCCUGUUGCAAAGUUCCAGCUCUUCCCUCACACUGUGGAACUCUGCUAUCAGAAUUCUUUGCUGCUUACCAGAGAAGAGUUGGCCAUGGUUGUGGUGGGACCUCUAACCUUGAACGCAGUGAUGCUGCUUAUGGUUCUGAUCAGAUGGGGCUGUCAGCAACUGUUUGACUCAUUCCCUUCCUUCUUGUCAAAGUUUAUCAUGGCUAUGGGACUCUGGACAGUGCUAGACCCCUUGGCAGUGUUUGUAGUGGAUGCAUUCCUGGGGCGACUUACCUACAGAGCAGAGAAGCCCAUUGCUGAUGCUGCAAAGCUCUACUGGCUCUUCUCAAGAACAGAGCAAUCGGGAAUUCCUGGUGCACUGAUUACUGUGAUGCUUUACACAAUUUUGUUCAUUAUUUCAUCUACAGUAUUGUCCCUCUACUUUCUAAGGCUGCACAAUGAAGGUUGGUGGUUAGAUGUAUUUAAACGCACUCACAGUGAUGAAGGCACAUUCUUCGUUCCAUUAGACCUAGAAAUCUCUAAUCAGGAAUUGAGCUACAUCAUGAAAAAGGCUGAACAAUGGAGAGGCAUCAAUGGUGAAAGACGAAAGGUGGCAGUGUAUGAUUACAUCUGGAAGGACAAUACUAGCAAGUCUGGUGUCUCCAGCUGUGACCUACAGAGUCAGGAUGAAAUCUCCGAAUGUGAAGCUCACUCAGGAGAGAUCACUGUUCAUGUGUCUAUAUACACGGUUCACCUCAGUGGCUUCCAAGAUCUCUAUAGACAUUUCCUCAGACUGCCUGAUGGGGCUAUUGUUGAGGCAUUUGAUAACAUUAGUGGGGUAAGUCUUUUAUAUGAUGAAGUGAGCACAACCAUUCAGGAACAUGUAAGCGAAAUGGACAAUGUGCUGGGAGCCUCUUCAGUUAUCAAGCAGAGGGAAAGAAAAAAGAAUACAGCAAGGUGGAAAGGAGCUCAUUUUGUCUCCUGCAAGAGCUAAGUCAUCAGGAAGAAUAUUUAGUUCACAGCACUUUUUGCAUCUUGAGUCAUCUCCACAAUCUGCAUCCUCAUCCAAUAAGACAUCUACUUCUGCUAUUCACAUCUCCAUGUGCAUGGAACUAUAGCUGUUUUGUACAGCAAGCGCUCUGUGCACAGAACUCCAAUUAACUUCAAUGGAAGUUCCCAUGAGACAUGUGGCGCAUUAGGUCACAUGUAUACACUGCAGAUAUAAAUGUUGCAUUUGACUUUCUCCCAAAAUACCAGGCCAUUCCUACAGGGACUUUAGUCUUCAGAGGCUUUAUUUG